AUGCCUGCGGGCGACUUCGUGGAGAUGUCCACGGUGAUUCGCAACUGGUGGUCCUUCCCGGCCGUGGGCUUCAACGCCAUCCUGGAGGGGAUGGAGGGGAUGGAUGGGACUGCCAGAGAGCUGCCGGUGCACAAGUUCGAAGUGCUGCAUGCAGAGGCCAAACCCUUGGGGACGGUGGUGGUACCCAACAGCAUCUUUGGUUUGCCCAUCAGGAAGGACAUCAUCUUCAAGGUCUACACCUUUCAUCGUCGAAAACUCGCUGGCUACCUGGAUACCAUGAGCUUCUACAAAUGGGAAUGGCCAGGAUCCAACAAAAAGUUCCGCAGUCAGAAGAAGAGCGGCAAGGGCCGCAUGGGGCGGCGCAAGGCGCCCGGUCGCUGGGAAGGCACGCACUGCCACGCGCUGCGGCCCCGUGAUUGGGGCAAGACCAAGGUGAACGUGAGGGUCAUUUGGCAAGCGCUGAAGACGAUGCUCUCCGUGAAGUACGUGCAGAACUCUAUCACCGUAGUAGAUUCCUUCAACCUCCAGUCCCACAAGACCAAGCAUCUGGUGCAGCAUCUGCGUCGCUUGCUGGGGCACAGAUGUCAUAGCGCGCUGCUGGUGCAUGAGGGAAACCUGGACAUCAACGACAACUGCAGAUGGGCUGGCGCACACAUUCCAGCCAUCCGACGCGAAAACGUUGAGGGCGUCAGCGUCUACAACCUGCUGAAGUAUCACCACGUCAUCAUCACCGAAAUGGCUUUAGCAAAGUUGAUCAAGGAGAUACAGACCUUCCCCAAGAAAUUGGGAUGGCACCAGCGCUUCGCCACGCCAGAUGGCAAAGCUGCACCAGUGCCCUCCAAAGUGGAGGGCUGGAAUGCCGCCUGGGUGGAAAAGAAGGAACGCAUCCGGAACUCCGAGUUUCGUGCGCGGGAAUUCUUCAAAGAGUCCCUGAGAUGGAAAUGGUCCUCGGACCUGCGAGGUCCACUGAAACUGCCCAUGUCGGACAACUUGUCGGGCUUUCGGGUGAAGGAUUUCAUGCUGGAGCCCCAAAAGCCGGCCUGGGAGAAAUUGGAAAGUCUCUACGGCGACGAUGAGCCCUUGGAUGAAGAGAUGGAGGACGAGGAGUUCGACGACCUGCUCCAGCACCUGGACGCUCUGGAGACCGCCAAAGCGUCCUCCUCGUCGCUCAUGGGCAAAGAGGAGGUCAAGCAGCGGGGGCUUCGGCACCUGGCCACAGCACUGCAGGAGGGAGCAGCUGGGACCAAAAAGAAAGAAACCAAGGCGGACAUUGCUCCCUUCCGCGGCAUGCUGCUGGGCCUCUUCUUUGUGACAGUGGGUUUCUCCUUCGACGUGCAACUCAUCGCUCGGACCUUGGUGUCAUCAAGCAUGGCUGGGACUUGUGCCCUUGUGGCGCUGCGAGUGAGUAGCAAAAGACAGAUGCACAAAGAAGUGAAUCCAAGAAACCGAAACAUCGUAGCACAACUUCCGUUUCAAACCAAUCACUGGUUCACCGUGAUGCCGCUGCUGGUGGGCUUACUGGUCCUAAAGUCGGGCGUGGUGAUUCUGGUGAAACGUUCUGGUGGCCUCUCUUUCGCGUCCUCUGUGCAGGCCUCCGCGCUGCUGGCGCCGGGCGGUGAGUUUGCUCUGGUGCUCUUCCGCUUGGCCGAGCAGGAAUUGACCCUGUUGAUCCAACAGGCCUCCAGCUCGACGGAAGUCAUCAAGAUUCUUCGUGCGCAUCAGUUCCGCCGCAGAAGGGAUGGAACCAGGAUCAGCAAGUUACCUGCUGCACAUGGCAUACACGGAGCGAAGGACCUUCAGGAGGUCCUCAGCUUGGUGGAGACGCACCUGGAGGACGUGCCCUUGCGCGGCUUGAGCAACAUCCUUCUGGCGCUUGCACAUCUGGAAGAGCUCAGCGUCCCACAUCUGCCACUGGCCAUGCGGGUGGCCCAGCGUCUGAGUCGGCUUCUGCAAGCGGAGCCAUCGCGGGCCAAUCACCAGGACCUCUCGAAUUCCGCCUGGGCUGUGGCGCGGCUGGGGACGUUUUCGAAGUCGGCAGGAACCACCGGAGGCCUGGAAGCUGUCGAGUUCGAUGAGCUGCUGCGGCAGCUGUCCUUGUUGGUGGCCCAGGACAGCUUAUGCCACAGCAGCGGUUAUGCCACAGCAGCGGUACCAAUGCCCGUGGGACGCAUUAGUCGCCUGCGACACGAGGAGGAAGUGAGGAAGCGGCUGGAAGACGUCCUGGGCGCGGUGGCCCGUAGCGCCACAGAGAAGCUGCAAGCGCCGGAGAGCUUUAAGGCCCAGGAGAUCUCCAACAUUGCCUGGGCUUUUGCGAAGCUGAGCCUCGAACAGGCACCGCUCUUCGCGGCGCUUGCGGCCUCAGCCUCCGGACGGAUGAAGGAGUUCACCACGCAGAAUUUGUGCAACUUCUCCUGGUCCUUAGCGACCCUCAGCGUGGACACCCCAUGGCUGGACGUUUCGGAGGAGGCGCAACUGCGAAUGGUGGAAUUCAAUUUGCAGGGCCUGUCCAACCUGGUUUGGGCCUCCGCCAUGAUGCCGGGUCAACCGGGUCGACAUCGCUCACAGCACCGGCUCUUCCAACAACUCUCGGAUGAGUUGGUGGAGCGAUUGCUGGCCCAGGCUGCAGACAUCCCCGGAGCAGUGAGGAACACGCUGGGCGUCAUUUGGGCGCAAAGCUUCACGGAUCCGGCAGAGGGACGGCAGCUGACGUCCAAGGUGAAACCACAUCUCUUAGCCCUCGGCCGCAGCAAAGAUGCGGCAGCCGCGCGGAGCCGCGGAGCGGAAAUGCUGGCGAUGCCCAGGUCGCGGCCAGGACUGGUCGAUCCACAGGUGGUCCUGGAGUUGGAAGACCGGCUGGUGCUUGAGAAGCCGCCGGGCUGGGAAGUGGACCAGGACAAGGUCCAUCAGCCGUUCCGCGAGGACGACGCGGCGCGGCUGUCGGGCUUCAUGAAAGAGCGAUACCCAAGACAUCCGAUCUUCUCGGACAUCAAUGCCAGCUGCGGCUUUUUGCACCGCCUGGACGUGCCCUGUUCGGGCCUGGUCAUCGUGGCAAAGACCUACGAGGCCUACUACGACCUGCUGCUUCAGAUGAACUCCAGGGACACCAUUCGAGACUAUGUGGUGCUUUGCCACGGUCGCGUCAGCGCACCGGAGCUGACCCUCCGACAGCCGCUCUACUGGGCGGAGGGAACGCAUCUGCCCACCGUGGUGCGAGGCUAUGGGAAGCCAGCCACGACCAAGAUCAAGGUGCUAGCCCAUGGCACACGCCAGGUCGAAACAGGCGCCGCCUUCAGCCUGCUGCUGGUGCGCAUCCUCACCGGGCGCCGGCACCAGAUCCGCGCGCACCUGGCGUCCGCGGGGCAUCCACUGGUGGCCGAUGGGAAAUACGCCAACGAGCGCUUCGCGCAG